AGCACGCCUGCCAUCAGAUCCCUGCUCUUUUCAUCAUGUUUCACCACCUCUGAAGACCUCAACUUUAUAAACGUGACACCAACAAGGCUCUGUGAGGGUUUGAACAUGGGCACCCAGCCACACACUGUGACCAAGGCAGAGAUCCCUGACCAUGUUCUUUACGCUGUAGGAACGUGUGUGCUCAUUAUUGGCUCCAUUGGCAUCAUUGGAAACCUUCUAGUGCUCUACGCAUUUUACAGCAACAAGAAGCUGAGGACACCCCAAAACUACUUUAUCAUUAAUUUGGCUGUGAGCGACUUUCUGAUGUCGGCUUCUCAGGCACCCGUGUGCUUUGUCAACAGCUUGCACAGAGAGUGGAUACUUGGAGAUAUAGGCUGUGACUUGUACGCUUUCUGUGGGGCAAUCUUUGGAAUAACCUCAAUGAUGACUUUAUUAGCUAUUUCUGUUGACCGCUACCUUGUGAUCACUAAGCCCCUGCGAUCCAUACAGUGGACUUCAAAGAAACGCACCAUGCAGAUCAUCGCUGCUGUGUGGCUGUACUCGCUGGGAUGGAGCGUGGCUCCGCUCCUCGGGUGGAGUUCCUAUGUGCCUGAGGGCUUGAUGAUAUCCUGUACAUGGGACUAUGUAACCUACUCUCCUGCAAACAGAAGUUACACCAUGAUUUUAUGUUGCUGCGUGUUUUUUAUUCCCCUGAUAAUAAUAUUCCAUUGCUAUUUAUUUAUGUUCCUGGCCAUAAGACGUACUGGCAGAGAUGUUGAAAAGCUAGGAUCCUGCAGCCGGAAAUCCUACCUCUCUCAGUCCGUAAAGAAUGAAUGGAAACUGGCAAAAAUUGCUUUUGUGGUCAUCAUUGUGUUUGUCCUGUCCUGGUCUCCAUAUGCUUGUGUCACCUUGAUUGCCUGGGCAGGUCGAGGCAACACCCUAACACCAUAUUCCAAAUCUGUGCCAGCAGUUAUUGCCAAAGCUUCUGCAGUCUACAACCCCAUCAUAUAUGCAAUAAUUCACCCAAGAUACAGAAAAACCAUCCACAAUGCUGUUCCCUGCUUGAGGUUCCUAAUACGAGUAUCGAAUAACGACCUCCUGAGAGGCUCCAUAAAUGAAUCAUCAUUCAGGACCUCUCUCUCCAGCCAUCACUCUCUUGCUGGCAGGACCAAAAGCACUUGUGUUUCAUCAGUUUCCACUGGAGAAGCUACCUGGAGCGAUGUAGAGCUCGAUCCUGUAGAGCCAGCUCACAAGAAACUGCAGCCUCGCCGAAGCCAUUCUUUCUCAACAAGUGCGAGACAGUGGAAGAGAGACCUGCUCCCAAAGACCUGCAGCUGUGAUGCAGCAACUGCAGAAAAGGUUUCACUCUCAUCCAGCUGUUUGGAGAAGGUGCUUGGGCGGUCGGUCCCACGCAGUCCUCCUGCAACACUCGUGACCAGCUCCCUAAAAGCAGCGUCUCUGCCUGUUGGUUUGAAUAGCAGCAGUGUCAGCAGAGGAGGAGACUCAGACGCUUCACAGGUGGCAACUCAAGAAAGUCAAGUUAACGGAGUCCUGGGCUCUAUCAUUAGCAAUACAAUCCCUCGCAUCGUCAUCAUUCCUACCUCAGAGACCAACCUAUUUCGAGAGGAACUGGAAGAGGAAGAGACUGAAUUAUUCCACUUUCAUGACAAAAAGGGCAAUCUGCUGGACUUGGAAGGGCUUAGCUCGUCCACAGAGUUCCUUGAAGCUGUUGAGAAAUUUCUAUCAUAA